AUGAACAUCCUAUCUCACAUGCUUAACAAGGCUGUCGAGGGAGGUAUCUUUGGUUAUCACCCAGGGUGCGAAGAUCUCAAACUGUUGCAUCUUUGCUUCGCUGACGACCUACUCAUAUUCUUGGAAGGAUCUGAAAAAACUAUUGAGGGUGUCCUUGCUGUGCUUGGUGUCUUUGAAAAAAUCUCCGGGCUUGCUGUAAACAUCGACAAAACUUCUAUGUUCUGCUCGGGAGUCCCUGAUGACAUGCUUCAUCGCAUUCACACAAAGCAUGGGUUGACCCCAUCAUCCCUUCCGGUCCGCUACCUGUGCCUUCCGCUUUGCUCAAAACGUCUCUCCAUCAAGGAUUGUGAUCCGAUGUUAUCCCAAAUCCAAACCAAGCUGGCUAGUUGGUCGUUGAAGCUUCUGAGCAUGGCAGGGCGUCUGCAGCUCAUAUCUUCAGUCAUCUCGGGAAUAACUGUCUCACCUCUUCCUUCCUUUGGAAUGGUUCUCCGGAUAUUCACUCGGGAGCAAGGGUUUGCUGGCAGGAUUGAGUCCCUCUGGGUUGUUUGGGUCCGAAAAACAUACCUCUCUGUUGGUAGUUUCUGGUCUCAGAAUGACUCAAACAACAGGUUUUCAUGGAUGUUCUGUAAGCUUCUGCGUCUUCGAUCAAAAGCGACAACUUUCCUCUCAAUAGAAAUUGGUAAUGGCGAAGAUACUUUCUUCUGGUGGGAUCCAUGGACGCCCUUCGGUUCAUUAAUCAGUUUUCUUGGUGAUCUUGGCCCCUCUCGUUUGGGCAUCCCCGUUGAUAGCCUAGUUUCGGAUCUCAUAUCGGACAGGAACUGGAUUCUCCCCCCGGCGAGAUCUGACACACAGACCCAGCUCUACUCUUUCAUAACCCAGAUCAUUCCAUCUACCUCUAGUGACCGGCCCGUGAACAUCCCAAAACACACGAUCACCUCCUGGCUCUUCAUGCUAAAUCGAAACCCAACUCUUAUCAGAAUAUCCUCUUGGGCUGAAGAUGUCGAUACAACGUGUUUGCUGUGUGGCCUGGAAGAAGAAUCUAGAGACCAUCUCUUCUUCGAGUGUCAGUUCUCUUCAGAAGUAUGGCGGCUCCUGAUGUCGUUUCUCUUCUUCCCAAAUGCUCCGUCCAAUUGGUCUAUCUCUUUAGCUUGGAUCGAAUCAUUCAAAGCUCCCAAGCAUCUUGCCCUCGCAAUCCGUCAAGGUUGGCAAGCGUCUAUUUAUGAGAUCUGGUUGGAGCGAAAUAGAAGAUUUCAUCAAGGCCUCUCUCUUCGUCCUCGCCAGAUUCUUCUAAAGAUCCUUUUGGUUCUCCGUCACAAGGCCAAAGCGCUUCAGUGUAAGGGUUCCAAAUAUGGGACUCCUCUCUCCUUGACUUGGCAACCUCCUUAG